AUCUGUAAGACCAGCACUUAUAAAUAUUAACCUAAUUAGUUCACUGAGUUUUGUUCCUUUUAAUUUACUCUACAACUUGUAAGCUUUCUGUCAUAAACCUAGUUGACAGAGGAAAUUCAAGAGAUUUUGAUCAAGAGAAUUAAUGGGUUUAAUUAUUAGCAACAAGAACAAGAUCACUCUGCUUCUCCUUUUCUUCUUGCUCCUCAUUUCUUUAUCUUCAGACUUGGUGGAAGGCUUCAGAGAUGACAAGCAGGUGGAGCCCACUUAUUCAUUUCAUAAGGAAAUUGGCAUGCAAAUGAGAGGUGGAAGGAAGCUGUUGGCGAUGGAUGCUAUGCUUGAUUAUGAUGAUGCAGGAGCAAAUCCAAGACACGACCCAAGAAAGAAAGGUGGCAGUGGAAGUGGUGGCAAGCCUUGAAUUAAUUAAUAUUAAGUAAUUAAUUAAUUAAUUAAUUAAUCCUUUAUAAUAAUAUAGGAAACUAGCUAUCAGCUCCAGAGGGUUUUUGUUGAUCACCAUGUUCCGUGAGAAUACAUUAAUGAGUUUAUUUAGUAUUAUUAUAUAAUAAAUAAUAUGAUUAAUGGGUUCUAAUUACCCCAACAGUGGGGUUUAGUAGUGAUUAAUUAAUUUAAUUAAAGCCUAAAUUAGAAACUAUGAGAUUAGAUUGUAUCUCUUAUGUUGUUCUUUAUGCUGGCAUGUACUUCCUCUGGCUUUUGCCUGUUUUAUAUAAUAAUAAAUA